GUGGUGUUCUUUAUUGGAUUCUUUGGGUUUUGCCCUGAUGAGUCGGGGGGCUCAUGCAUGCGCCUGGUUUCCACUGAUCUUGUGACGGUUGAUCUCGACACGCUUGUGACCGUCGUCGUGGGCCUUUUCAAGAAUUCUUUGGGACAAUUGGGUGGAAUUCAUUGUCCCGUGAUUGGUGGUGGGAUUACUGUUUAACUGCGACAUGGAUCGAGCAAUGUCGCUGUUCACUCUGUUGCCACUAGCGGUAUGAAUACGGCAAUGCAUUUUGGUGCUGGUUGGCGAUCGAUUGCUGAGAUGGGGUAUGCGAUGAGCAGACUAGAGAUUGAGCCUGAGUCGUGUGAGGACGAGAAGAGCUUGGAUGGGGUUGGUAACAGCCAGGGACCGAAUGAGUUGCCGAGAUGCUUGGAUCAUGAGUUGGCGCAUUUGACGAAUCUGAAGUCGAGGCCCCAUGAACAUUUGAUCCGAGAUUUCCCUGGGAGGCGGGCUCUGCCUGUUUCCACCGUUAAGAUGCUGGCGGGUCGAGAGUGUAAUUAUUCACGAAGAGGGAGGUUCUCCUCCGCUGAUUGCUGUCACAUGCUGAGCAGAUAUGUGCCUGUUAAUGGUCCUUCGCCCCUGGAUCAGAUGAAUAGUCGAGCUUAUGUUUCGCAAUUUUCAGCUGAUGGUUCUCUAUUUGUUGCUGGCUUUCAGGGUAGCCACAUUAGAAUUUAUAAUGUUGAUAAAGGAUGGAAAUGUCAGAAGAAUAUUCUUACCAAGAGUUUACGGUGGACGAUCACUGAUACAUCUCUUUCUCCUGACCAACGUUACCUUGUGUAUGCCAGUAUGUCACCCAUCGUCCAUAUUGUUGACAUCGGCUCCGCUGCUAUGGAUUCUCUUGCAAACAUCACGGAGAUCCAUGAGGGUUUGGAUUUUUCCGCUGACAGUGGACCAUAUUCUUUUGGAAUCUUCUCUGUUAAAUUUUCUACCGAUGGCGAAGUCGUUGCUGGAAGCAGCGACGAUUCUAUAUAUGUCUAUGAUCUUGUGGCAAAUAAGCUUUCCCUCAGAAUUCCAGCACAUGAGUCUGAUGUGAACACAGUAUGCUUUGCUGAUGAAAGUGGUCAUAUAAUUUAUUCUGGGAGUGAUGAUACAUACUGCAAGGUGUGGGAUAGACGUUGCCUGAGUGCCAGAAAUAAACCUGCAGGAGUUCUAAUGGGACACCUUGAAGGCAUUACGUUCAUUGAUAGCCGUGGUGAUGGUCGUUAUUUCAUAUCAAAUGGCAAAGAUCAGACGAUCAAACUUUGGGAUAUCCGGAAAAUGGGCUCUGAUAUCUGUCGUCGAGGCUUUAGGAAUUUCGAAUGGGAUUACAGAUGGAUGGACUACCCACCCCGGGCUAGGGUCAAACACCCUUUUGAUCUGUCAGUGGCAACAUAUAAAGGCCAUUCGGUGUUGCGUACUCUUAUUCGGUGCUACUUCUCCCCAGUACAUAGCACUGGUCAAAAGUAUAUCUACACUGGAUCCCAUGAUUCCUGUGUUUAUAUCUAUGAUGUGGUGACUGGAGCUCAAGUUGCGGCCCUCAAGCACCAUAAAUCGCCGGUCAGAGACUGCAGUUGGCACCCGGAGUACCCGAUGAUUGUGAGCUCUUCUUGGGAUGGGGAUAUUGUGAAAUGGGAAUUCUUUGGGAACGGAGAAACUGAGAUCCCGGCGAUGAAGAAGAGGAUCCGGAGGCGGCAUUUGUAUUAAAGACGCUUACUGUUUUUCACUCGAUGACGGAUGGCGGGAUAAAUAAUCGCUUAUAUAGUCCUAAUAAGUUCCAUCUCAUGUACAGAUAAGGUGUAUCAUUCAAGCUAUAGUCCCAAACGACACGCGAUUCGUGUGAAUUUCGUUGUACAUAAUCGACCUUUCGAAUGUAAUUGUGACUGUGAGCCAUUGUUGCUUGUUACAAGCUUCCAUUCCCUCGGUGUC